AAAAAAGUAAGCGGCGAGUGGGAGAGGGGCACGGCUAAUCCUGGGCCGCGACGUCGACCGCGCGAUGGCAGCAUUGCUAACCCCGAGCAAGGUGCGCCAUCUCUGGCGGGGGCGAGCUACGCUCUUCGGCCCGGGUGUCCACCUCUACCUUAUCGUCCGCGAGAAGUCGCCGAACUCGUGCAACAAGUGUUGGAAGAUCCGACUUUGGCGGCCUGGUGCAACUUUUACCCGCGACGACCGUCCAGCCCGAGAUCCUGCCUCACCAAGCGAGCGCGGUCGGUGCCUCUCCCCGCUCCUGGUUCAAAAAGGAAAGGCAAAAAGUACGCUAAGAACGAAGUCGACGAAUUCGAAUGUACGUCCGUGCGUCCGGGUCGCCGCGCGAACGUGUUUUCGACGGGCGCCGUCUGUGCUGUCGGGCUGUCACCGCCAACGUUCUCGUUAACCUCGAAAAAUGGCCGAUACCGUGGCCGUUGUCGUCGCCGACGCUGCCACAGCCACCGCAGCGGGCGCUACGUCCGAGGGCUCUGGCACCGAGGAGAAGAGGAGGCCCGAGGACGAGGACGAGCGCCCGGAAGCAUUGUUCGCCGAUUCAGCAGAAAUUGCUAAAGAUGAUAAAGACUUGACUACUCAUGAAACUAUUUCAGAAGAAACGGAUAAGCUGCUUAAUGGAGAUACUGUUAAUGGAUAAAAGCCAGGAAAAGUGGUCAAGUUUGAUAGACGCUAAAGGGUUUACUUUUCUCCCAAGACUUUUUUAAUAUAAUGUAAUCAAAGUCAAGUAAGGUUGCUUGAGUUAGCAAAUCAAUUAUUGCUGGGAAAUACGCUGCAACUUCGAC